CUGAACACUACUGUGUCACCAGGAGUACAGGCACGAAGGCAGCUUGCUUAUUGUUCCCGACGUGUAAGGAUGUUGAGCCUCCUCUCCCUGUGUGUGUUACUGUCUGCCUUGUUCCUCGUCGGUAGAUGGUUCAUACGGAGUCUUAAACUCGGCGAGUUAUCAGGUCGGUAUGUGUUUAUAACCGGAUGUGACACUGGAUUCGGUAAUCUGCUCGCCAAGAGACUUGACUCUCUAGGUAUGAAUGUAUUCGCUGGCUGUCUGACAUCCAAGGGACAACAUAACCUAGACAAGGCGACAUCUGAACGUCUUGUAACCUUAGUGCUUGACGUAACAAAUGAGAACAGCAUAAUGAAAGCAUAUGACGAAGUCAGAAAAAGACUUCCGAAAGGAAAAGGACUUUGGGGUGUCGUCAACAAUGCCGGUAUUGCCGGUAACGCAUCACAUGUGGAAUGGCAGACCGUUGACAACUACCGGAAAUGCAAUGACGUCAAUCUGUUCGGGAUGAUCAACGUCACCACUGUGUUUCUGCCAUUGGUGAGAAAGGCCAAAGGUCGCAUUGUUAACAUCACGAGCGUCGCAGGAAGGCUUGCAGCACUUGCAGCGCCAUAUGUGGUGUCUAAGUACGGCGCAGAGGGCUUCUCUGAUUGCCUAAGGUACCAGCUGUACAACUGUGGGGUUUCCGUCCACAUCAUCGAACCAGGCUUCUUCAAUACCAAUAUAGUCAACUUGGACAGCUUCGAAAGGAAUAUGAAGAUGUCAUUCGACGAAAUGGACACAGAGCGAAAGGAAUUUUAUGGAGAAAACUAUAUUUCUGAAGUUAUGAACACGUCAAGUAAAAAUAUACAACAAGUUUUGAGCCCUGAUCUAUACAAGGUCGUGGACGCACUCACGCAUGCCCUGAUUGCUGUUUAUCCCCGAGCAAGAUACGUAGUUGGAUUAGACGCUAACAUCGUAUUCCGGUUCAUAUGGAACCUGCCGGAGUGGAUAGGUGACCGGGUGGUCGCGGCCAUCUUCAAACUCCCCAUACCGAAGGGAUAUCAGAAACAGUAACAGCACUGCCAAUAUUCCACAAAAACAAAACAAAAAAACCACACACACACAAAUAUUAAAGAGAAGUUUUA